GGGGAAUUGAUGACUUUUGUAGUUCAACUAUUACUUGCGUUUGUUGCAGGUUAUUUUUUAGGAGAACGUGGAAAAAAGAAAAAGUGUCCAAAAUAUAGCUGGAUUCCUCCUACCUUGAACCAUCUUUCAGAACUUCCAGCUGCCUCUAGUGGCGCUGGUGCAGUGAAGACUUGUAAAGAAAACUGUAAAUUGGUUCUUUGCGUUCGUUCCGACUUGAAGAUGGGAAAAGGUAAAAUAGCUGCACAGUGUGGACACGCAACUCUCGGGGCCUAUCAAGACACACUUCGGACGAAUCCUGGUUAUUUAUGGAAAUGGGAGGCAGAUGGUCAACCUAAAAUUGCACUUCAAGUAUCUUCCAUUCAACAGAUGAAAAGCUUGGAGAAAAAGGCGGCUAGUCUAGGUAUUGUGGCACAUACUGUUAUUGAUGCUGGAAAGACACAAGUAGCUCCGGGUUCUGUUACAGUUUUAUCUCUAGGGCCUGCACCCGUAUCACUUAUUGAUAAAGUAACUGGGCACUUGAAACUAUUAUAAACUCAUUCUAUAAACAAAAUAUCUUUGGUUUCAAAGAUGAUGAUUGGAGGAAAUGUUGGGUGUGUGUGUGUGUGUGAAUGAAUAGUUUGAACAUGUCCAUUGUAUUUGUUUUUCAUUUCUAUCAACUCUAAAAAGUGGCAAGAAAGAGUUGAGAUUUCUU